AUUAUCACGCUCUGGAUCGCCAAUGCUAUCCUAAUUCCUAGCUGCAUAGAUCCUUGGCUGCGGUGCUUUGUCUAACGCAGAAACGCAGAGAAGCAUAAGAUGAAGGUAGCUUCAAAACUUAUCUUCCUAUUAAAUGAACCGGAAGGCUUCGCUGCUACCAUCUUUAACGCUCUCCACGUUAACCCUAACUCCUCUCUUCGUAGACUAGAUGAAUCAUUCGAGUUGUCACUGGAGCGUUAUGGAAUUAAAGAGAAGAAAGCCUGUGGCGAUCUCGCCCACUUUGUCGAUGAUAACGGCAAUUAUCAGGUUUCAGUGUUGCUUCUGCAAAAUUAUGAGCCACCUUCAUUGGUUUGUGCCAUAAAUGAGGUUCUGGCACAUAUAUCUUAUGAAACAUCAACUCUGCCCACACUUUUAGCCCCUUUUGUUGUAGAAUCAUCAAAGCUUAAGGGGGACAAAACUUCAGUGGCUAGUGGAAGCAAGGUUUCACUUUAUGGCUUGCAGAUUGGUCCAGAGACAAACAUAACUCAAGCCGUGGCUGCCAGAAUUGAGAAGCCACCAGCCUCAUUGCAGAUUCAUUAUGAACCUCUAGCCUGCUUUCUACAGCUGGUCCGAGUCUUGAAGUUGCCAACCUUAAUCCUUAUUGGGCAAAGAAGUACAAGCCAUUCUGAUAAGUCUUCAGAGGGAAAGCUUGAGUUACUUCACGAGAUUGGAGAGCUUUUGGCAAUAGAUACCAGGUUGUGCUUCUUGAGAGACAAAAUCAUGUGGAAACCAACUGAGACGUCAAAGGAUGCUCAAGAGCCAUGGCGUGCUUUGUAUGGUUGAAUCCUUGUUUGGACAUAUAAAGUCGAGAUAUGACAUAUCAUUUGGUGAACCUGGUUGAUAGAGUUUUCCACAAUUUGUCUGAACAUUAUAUUGAUGUAAACUUAGAAUGUUUCAGAAAUUUUAAUGUGAAUUGGUUUGUUGA